AUGAGUACGAGAAAACCGAACGCCAUCGAGCGCAAAUUACAUCAGGCCGCACUAGCGAAAACAGAGAAGAUCGUGACUCCGAAAGAGCUCGAAAACCUUGUACCGGAUGCGAAUGCACGUCUGGCUGCCAUCAAUUUCCUGCUGGGCACGGGUCUUUUCGUCCUCCUGAAAGGCGAGCAGUCACAGAUAACGUACCGUGCGGUUUCCCAAGAAGAGCUGAGCCUAAAGAAGGGCUUGGACAGCGAGGAGGGUCUUGUACUGGAUCGCAUCCGCACAGCCGGGGUUGAAGGGAUAUGGACGAAGCACAUCAAGGCCAAGACGCAGCUACACCAGACUGUUGUCGAUCGGUGCUUGAAGUCUCUCACUAAGAGGCAGCUGAUCAAGACCGUUCCCGACGUACGGCAUCCGACUCGCAAGACAUACAUACUAGCGAGCCUACAACCCGCCACAGAGCUGACGGGCGGUCCGUGGUACACCGAUAAGGAGCUUGACACCGAGUUCAUCAAACUCCUGUCCGAUGUAUGCCUCAAGAUUGUGCAAGACAGGAGCUUCCCGAGGGUCAAAGAGCGACAGGAAACGGAACACAGGCCACUAUAUCCGUGCUCCCAUACGGCAUACGCGACGUCGCAGCAGCAUGUACAGACUUUCUUGCAGAAGAGCAGGGUGACAGAAACGGCGCUCACAGUCGAACACGUCGAGAUGCUAUUGGACGUGCUAGUUCUGGACGGCAAAAUCGAGAAGAUCCCUGCUUUCCACCUCUCGUCCUGGAACGCUGACGCUGACUCGACUGGGAUUGAAGGGUCAUCAACUGCGCGAACCGCAGGCAAACGCAAACGUGUCGAAUUAUCGAGCGACGAAUCUGACGAGGAGCAGCGGAAGAGCGCGACCAGCUCCGGGAGGGACACUACCAGGUCAAACGGCCUGUCAAGUCGUCCAUUGAGCGGCGACGAUGCUGACAACUCCAGCCACAGGCGAAAGAAGCGGAAGAUAGAACACAGCGACCACUGGCCUAGCGAUUCGGAACGCGGCAGUUCGCCUCCACCAGCUCUUCCCUCCGAGCAGAACUCAGGAGAAGUGGCGCAUUAUGGCAGCGGCGUCGUGUAUCGGGCCAUACACGAAGAGCGCAUCUCCACCCUUGGCAUCAACCAGACCCCGUGCCUACGGUGCCCUAAAUUUGACUUCUGCAGCGAGCAGGGUUCUGUCAACCCCAAGGAAUGCGCGUACUACGACCCCUGGCUCGUGGUCGCCCCAAUCGUGGACGUCCAGUCGUAG